GUCGGGCCUCGGUGGUGGAUUGAGCGGGUCUGGGCGGGAUUCCCAGAGGGCCGCGCGUCCCCGGCGCGUCGGCGCGGUCAUGGCGGGUUUGCUGAAGAAGACCACCGGCCUUGUGGGAUUGGCUGUGUGCGAGAGUCCACACGAGAGGCUAAGAAUAUUGUACACAAAGAUUCUUGAUGUUCUUGAGCAAAUUCCUAAAAAUGCAGCGUAUAGAAAGUACACAGAACAGAUUACAAGUGAGAAGUUGAGUAUGGUUAAAGCGGAACCAGAUGUUAAGAAAUUAGAAGACCGACUUCAGUGCGGCCAACUAGAAGAGGUGAUUCUGCAGGCUGAAAAUGAACUAAGUUUGGCAAGAAAAAUGAUUCAGUGGAAACCAUGGGAGCCUUUAGUGGAAGAGCCUCCUGCCAACCAAUGGAAAUGGCCGAUAUAAUCAUCAUUAAAUGACUAGCUUAUGGGUGGGAAACUGAUGUAAUUAAAUGUUCUGUAAUAUUAAAAAUGAUUCCUUAUUAUUGAUAUCUUAUAAUCAAGAAAACUAAUACAGAACAUAUUUAGGAGACUUGUUAAAAUUGAUAACUGUGGUAAUAGGGAUUUGUGAAUCCAUAUUUGAUAUGUAAAGCAUUCAUUUGAAUUAUUUCAAAGAUGAUUGUUUUUGUUUUUGUUUUUUAACAGAGCGGUUGUGGAAAGAUUUGAAAAUUAAUUGGGAAAAUUCCUAUAGAUUUUCAGUGCAGAGGCUAUAAUUGAAAUGUGAAGUAUUUUUAGUAGUGUCUUCAACACAUCAUUUAAUGGUUUUUAUCCUGAAAAAAAUAGGAAAGGUACUUCAUUAUUUAUUGUUUAGACAAAUUUAUAAAUCAUUGAAGUAGUAAAAGUAAAAACCAUCAAAAUUAUAGUUGUACAGUUGAGGAAAUUGAUUUGAUAUUUGAAAGAAAGACUUUUUAUUUAGAGUGGUAAUUGUAAAAACGUUUCCUUUCGUCUCAAUCAAAGAAGUUAGCUUUCUAUUCCUUAGCCUUUUGUUUUCUUGAUCAACCAAAGUACAUCAAGGUAGAGAUAGAAUUUAUGUAAAAGAAGAGACAUAAAGAGUUCCUAAAGUUUAUCUGAUUUAUGAAUAGGCUUACAUUUCAGAACAUCUUAGUCACACAUGAGUUGUAACUUCAAAGUAGAAUCACUAGGUGGUUUUCACUAAGUUUCCAUUAUGAGUGCAGUUGGGUAUCAAACCUAAGAUAAAUGCUGUUGAAGGAAAGAAACAGUUGGCAUAAAUCACUUUUAAUGUGUCUUCACCCUUUCUUCCUAGACCCUAUCAUUUAUUUCCAAAUACUUAAGUUUGACAUUUUUUAACUUCAAAGACAGUACUCUUAUGUGUUUGUCGCAUAUGUGUGUGUUUAACUAUCCAUUUGGCAAAGCGGAAUCAAUUCAGAAUUUUCAGAAUGAGAAAAUUGUAUUUUUUCCAAUAUAUUUCUCCCCUUAACAGCGCUGUAAAUUGAAUGAUAAAUAAAUAUUAAAUGAAGUGGA